AAGCGAGAAGCCUCCGAUGGCGAGCAAGAGGCCGCAGCAACACGGGGACCAUGUGGAGCGGUAGAGAGGAAUGAAGUCUGUUACCAUGAGCAGCAUGCUCGAGUGAUCGACGCCGUCUCCUCUUAACUCCCACCAUCGCAUCUCUACUUGUCUCUUCUGCCUCCUGCCUCUUCCUCAAGGAAUUUUCGUGAACUCCGACAAAUUUACGGGCUGGCGAAGCGGCCGACGCAGAUUUCUUCUCAUACGGUUGUUUAAACACUGGGGUGUGACUCAUACACGGAACCAAUUAUAGCCAACUUCAUCGGGGUCAGCUGCUGGUAAAACUUGUCCAGCGCCUACCACUUUGGUGAAAGGGACAAUGACUAUCGGCAUCAGACGCAUCAACCUCUUCAGUGCGCUGUACAUCUUGGUGAUGGCCGGUCAAUGCCUGGGAUUCUCUCAAACCUCGAGGCAUUUGUUGUUUGGCCAGCGCAGAGUUGCUUGUACGAGGAAACCUCGCUCUCGUGCACAAGUUGUCUGUUCGGGAUACAACGAGUACAUGAUGCCGCAAACGGACUUGGAGAGGAUCAGCCCGGCUGAAAUUCUGCAAAGGCUGAGAGAAGAGCGUAAGACCAAACGGCUCCCUUUCCAGGAGUGGGCCGACAGGUUGGCUCCUCGGGGGGAUAUGGAAGAGUUCCGACUCAACUGGGUUGGGAACGUCGACAGGCACCAGCGUCAACUCUUUUGGAAGCUCAUCACCAUGCUCUGCCACAAGCUCGCGUUUCCCCUGAGGGUUGCAAGGAUGGUGAGUCGUUUGACGACGGUUUGCUGCGUGAUCCUUGUUCUCAUGGUCACUCUUCAGAGGUCCUGGAGCAUGGGAGUGGAAUACACUAAGACGACUCUUGCGCCCGCCUUGCGGCUCACAGCCAUCAAGUCAUGGCAGAUCCUCUCCAGGCUGUCACGAUAUGCCGUGAUAGAGCUGCAGAGCUUGCUCCGGGUUUGCUUGGGCUUCACGAUACACGUUUCCUGUCAACUUGUCGAGUCUCUCAGCAGCUCGCUGGGUCGCACUUCACCGAAGCUUCCAAACUUUGUGCAGACAAUAUUCUUUAUUCUGGCCAUGCCGAGAAAUACGCAAGACAAUGUGGUCAAGCUGUCGGGUCGAGUUCCGCGUAUACAGACCCCUUUAACUCGUGUUGACGAAUCGCACAACGACAACAACGCGAUUGAGAUCAACUUGAAGCAAGAAAAGGGAUGGAUAGAGGCGAAAGGCCUCCCAAAGCUCAUGAAAGUGUGGGAUGUUCUUUCGUCAACGAGCAUCAUUAUCUAG